UACAAUACAAUUUAUAUGUUAUCUAGAAUCGAUUUUUAAGAACUGUGAAAAAAAGCAUGGAAACCAUCUAGUGUACGUUAAAUAUUUGUAUGAGUGGUUCUUUGCUGUUUAUUAGCGCUAUCAGAAAUGUCGGAUUACCAAUAUUGAACUGCCUGUAGUGAGCAUUGUAAAGCGUUGUUCAAAGUCUAUGCAAAUGAGGAAAAAAAAGAUGACAAAGAUCGAUGUAAUUUUCUAGCACUACAUAGAUUUGGCGCUUUUAAACGUACCCAAACUUUAUAAAAUAUUUCUACCUAGCUUUGGCGCUUUUAAACAUACCCAAUCUUUAUAAAAUAUUUCAAUAUAUUUCUUGUGGUUUAUGUACUUAAAAAUGUCGCAUUUUCUGGCAAUMAAAAGUUCAUUUUGUUAUUGUUCAACGUCCCGAUGGCACCGAUGGUUAAUUCWGAUUUGGUUAGAUAUAAAAAGCCAUAGUAAACCGUUUUUCAACACGGACCAAUCAGAGCUCAUCGUAGGAUGUUUUAUCAUCACAGUUGGAUAUACCGAGACAGUGUCAUAACUCAUCAAUCAGUAGCUUCAGAAAUUCACUUGUACUACUGAACCUUCCGUGAACACAUURCACAGCUUGGCGGAUAAUAUUUACAAGUUCCAACUUGAAUAGUUAUGGAUAACAGCUCAAAUACUACUACAGUUAGCGUCCCAACGCGAAACGUCCAAGAAUAUAAAAUCGUCCUGUAUUGCAUCUUACUUGUUUGGUCUUUGGUUGGUAACAUUCUCGUUGUUGCUGUGAUCGUCUACAAUCAAAACCUCAGAACUAGCUUCAAUUACCUGGUCCUUAAUAUGACCAYUUCAGACCUUCUUUGCCCUCUGGUGAGUCUUCCCUUACGAAUAUAUAUUGAAACUGGCGCAAAAACGUGGCCUACAGGGAAUCUUGGCGACAUUCUUUGCAAAGUAUGUUAUUUCCUAACUGAUAUUUCGCCAACUGUCUCGGUUUUUACGCUUGUGGUUGCCGCGUWUGAGAGAUUUAAUGCAACAGUGUAUUCGAACCGAGUGUACAUUAUCAACAAGAGGAAAACAAUGAUCUUCAUCGUCUUUACAUGGAUGCUAGCUACGUCGAUUUACACUUCUUAUCUGUAUGGUUACAGACGGAAUUCUUUGCUUAACAGCUGCAAACUUGAUUUAAAGCCAAAGUAUMWUAUUAUUCUCCAUAUCAUCAUUUUGGUAUCUAUGUUUGUCAUUCCUUUUAUUUCUAUUACAACUUUGUAUACCACCAUGAUUUACAARCUUCAUCAGGCGUCAAAGGAGAUCACACACAUGCUGGAUUCUCGACUCGCGCGCUCCCGUCAUCGUCGCAAUCGACAUAUCUUCUGUUUGUCCAUCAUCAUCAUUGCUGCAUUCGUAGUUUUCUGGGGUCCAUUUUAUGCUUUUCUGUUUGUUUGGAGCGUAGUUUGGCAACAUAAAGUACCGAUUUAUGUAGACAGAGUAAACUUAKACAAAGYUGCAUUUGUCGUUGACGUUCUUGGUCUUGCCAAUUCUUGCAUAAAUCCGUGUAUUUACUUUUCGUUUCAAAAGAACUACCGCCAAGGGUUGACGAAAAUUUGGCGUCAUCUAGUUGAGAGACGUUUUWCUGCUACAAAUCAUGAUCAAAAACAUUUGAACACGUCGUCUCGGCAUGCUCAACGACAUCCUACCAGAUCUACCAAGUUAGCAAGUACAGCGCAACUAUGACUGCGUCAGUAUAUGGGCAUGGAAGAAGAUCGACUUUGAAACAACACUGCUCAUUUUUGAUUUAAGUUAAAAUUGAAUUGAGUUGUAGCUUCGUUUAUUUCUGUUGUAUGUAAUAAUGUUACGAAUACAUUACCACAUUAUGAAUUGUAAUCUAGAAAUGGAAUAUUAAAUAAUUGUUAAGCGA